AUGGAAAAGAAACAUGCAAAACCAAUAUUGAUAAGGUGGGUGCUACUAUUACAAGAAUUUGAUUUUGAGGUAAGAGAUCGAAAAGGAUGUGAAAAUCAAGUUGUUGAUCACCUGGCAAGGUUGGAAGUUAGGCCAAAUAUUGAGCAUGAGGUCGACAUAAACUACUACUUCCCUGAUGAACAGGUGUUUGAAAUAUCUCUCAAACAUACGCCAUGGAGGUGUGUUCCGAAAGAAGAAGCGUUAGAAAUUCUCCAUGCUUUUGAUACAUCUCCAGUGGAAGGUCACCGUGGUGGUAUUCGUACCGCCGCUAAACUUUCCAGAGUAGAUACUACUAGGCUUCCCUCUACAAGGAUGCACACGAAUUUGAGAAGAAAUGCCCUCAAUGUUAGCAAUUAUGCUUCCAAAUGGGUGGAAGCCAUUGCACUUCCAAGCAACGAAGGAAAAAGCGUUGUCCAAUUUCUGAAACGCCAUAUCUUCACAAGAUUUGGCACUCCUAGAGCAAUCAUUAGUGAUGGGGUUCCCACAUUUGCAAUAGAUGGAAGUGUGGAGAGUGAACGAAAAGUGCAGACUGGCCAGCAACAGGUCCAAUUAGCGAAUCGCCGAACAGUUCGGCUACUCAGAACUAGACCGCCAAUAGACUCUAUACCAUCUUGCAUUGGAGUUCGUAAAACUUGGUGA